AAAAAUAUAAAUUGGGUGCAGGCGUCCACUCUGCAGCAGCAUCAGGGGAAGAGUUACGAAAUCAUCCAGUCAGACAAUUAGAAAGAUGAAGGGAGUAUUUCUGGUAACGAUGAUUAUUUUGGCCGAUGUGUUCGCUUUUCCAUCUCGCAAGGAUGCUCUAAAAAUUAUGAAAGAUAACCUUGUACUCACCCAGAGAAACCUUGUGCAAUUCCAUAACAUGAUAACUUGUGCAACCUCGAGAACAUCUGCAGAUUACAUUGAUUAUGGUUGUUACUGUGGUUACGGAGGAAAAGGGAAGCCCGCAGAUGCUACUGACAGGUGCUGUAAAAUUCAUGACGAAUGUUAUGGCCGUAUACAGAAUCAAAAUUCAUGUUAUUUCUCAUUGGAUGUUUAUACGAGAAUAUACACCAGAGACAAUACUUGCACUGGCUGUGCUGAUAAAGAAGGAACUUGUGAGAGAGCUGUUUGUGAAUGUGAUGGAGCAGCUGCAAAGUGUUUUGCUGAAAAGGAAUACAACAUAAAAUAUUUUAACUGGCCAGCAGAAAAGUGCUGAUACAGACUGAUCUUUGAGAAGGAGGUUACCACAACAAGAGGGUAGUCCAAUCAAAUAUAUUUACAAAUGAUAAACAAGAUUAACAAGAGUCUUAUGUAGGAAAAACUUAAUCCUAACAGUAGUGUAUUUUGCAGUGCCAGUAAAGUAAUUUAGCAAUCUAAAACUUUAAAUUGAGAAAAAUUUGUUCUCAAGAA